AGGAUCCCAUGUUCUGCUUGGGAAAGAAAGGAGGUCAAUACUUCCUGAAGGAAAAACAUGCUUAUUUCACACAAGUGCAAUGCCAGUUGGCUGUGGCAGAGCUGCGUAAGGCUGAUUUUGUGGUUUACACGGAGCGUGAGACGGUCGUGGUUCCAGUUGACUUUGAUGCACCUUUCUGGGAGGAAACACGUCCCAAACUGGAACAGUUCUACAUGGAGGCGGUGGUGCCACACUUGGAGAGAGAGAAUGGCAUCCUGGCCAGAGAGGAAUAGGCCCCAGCCUGGGGUCACACUUAGUGAGCGACCGCACUCUGCUAUUUCUGUGCUUGUUACUGGAGAACCGUUAAUGAUAAGUGAAAGUAUUGCUGAAUUUUAAGGGCUAACAGCGUUAUUAUGCUUUCUGGGAAGUUAUUUUGACUCAGGAUAAUGUUAGAGAGAAAUAUCUGUCAGCGAAGGCUGACUGAUUCCUGGUCUAAGCUAAAACUGAUAAUUAUCAGUGUGCUGUGAGAAGAUAGUAUUUCUGGUAUUUUUAUUUCGCAUUGGGUUGUGUAAUGUCUUUUUGGUGUGAAAUGCGCUAUAUAAAUCUAAAAUUACAAUUAGUUGUUGUGCUAGACGGGGAGUAGUGGAGAGCAACAAGAUUAAUUGCAGAAUUUUAGGGAAUGGAGCAAUGAGAGAUUAACCGUUGGGUUAAUCAAGCGGGACUAUUCUCGCUUGCUGGUUGGUGGGGGCGCGAGGUGGGGGAGGUGGGGGCCUUGUUCGAGAUCUCUACCAUGUUGUUUGCAGCUCGUGUACUGUCCCGCACCAGGCUUCGGGACCACAUCACUCCCACCCUCGCUCGCCUCCACUGGCUCCC